CAUUUUGCUAAUAAAAUUGAAUUAUAGAGAAGAUUUUGCUCAUAUUUAUAAUAGAGGGAGUUUUCUGAUAAUUUGAAUAAACUAGGGGUAAGAAAUGAAAUAAAUAACAUUUUAUAAAUCGCGACAGAAAUGAAUCUGAAAGGGAAGAACAAGAAAUCGACAAAAUCGUAAUUUGGAAAAUAAAAAUGAAUGGGUCUUCAAAAUCAAUUCAGCUACAUCAAUCGCCUUCUUCAAUUCAGCUCUGCAAGCUCUCCAAUUUCCCCAAAGGUGUGCGAUUUGUGCCCAGAAGGGUUGUUCUGAAACUGAGGUGCAAUUACAAGUGCGAGCUGAAGAAGGAGGGCGAAAACGGCGUCGUUGGAGCGACGAUUCCGAAGAUGGGAUUCGAGCGCCGCCCUGCUUUGAUGGCGGCCGUAGCUGCUUGUAUUUUGUUGUUGGGAAACGCGCCGCUGAAAACCCUAGCCUCCAAUUCACCGUCGGCGUUCGUGGAAAAUAUCGUCUACUCUAAUAAGAUCGCCAUCUUCUCCAAAUCAUACUGCCCAUACUCUCUGCGUGCCAAGCGCAUAUUUAGCGAACUCGAGGAGCAGCCCUUUGUGGUGGAGCUUGAUCUUCGAGAUGAUGGAUAUAAAAUUCAAGAUGUUCUUCUGGAACUCGUCGGGCGACGAACUGUUCCCCAAGUAUUCGUGAAUGGCAAGCAUAUUGGUGGCUCUGAUGAUCUGCAAGCUGCAGUAAAGAGCGGUGAACUGCAAAAGCUUCUCGAAAAAGCUUGAUUGAAUUGGUGAAGUAAGAAACUUGUGUCGCUAACCUUACAAACGCGAGCUUGAAAUUGAUGAUUAUCCUUGAUGAUAACCUGAAUCAGAAUUUAAACGGAGAUUUUUGUCUCUGACUGGUUUGUAAAAUCAUUCAGAGCAAUCUUUACUUCUAUAGUAGAUGGAGUUUGAGGUAUAAUCUUAGGAUUGAAAUCCACAUGAUAAUUUAUGUAUUUUGUAUGGAAUUGUGUUUACCCUAUGUAGUUGUAUCUGAGAGGGCAUCCAAGUAAUUACAUACUUAUUUGCUGGUGUUCA